GUUAGGUGAUCAAAAUGACAAAUAAAAAUAAGUUUGAUGACCAAAUUGAUGAUAAACCUCUCGUUCCCCCGCUAUAACGAGUUUUGCAAUCGGUAAUUUCUGAGUUCUUGCUUAGUCCGUGGAUGGAGAUGCCGAUGGCGAGGGCAGAUCAACGGGAGGCGCGAAAGCUUCGGGCGGGAAUCGGCGAUGACAGGUUGAGCUCUUUACCGGACGAGAUCCUCUCCCAUAUCCUCUCGCUCCUGCCAACCAAGUACGCCGUGGGCACCGCUGUCCUCAGCCGACGGUGGAAGGAUCUCUGGACUAGGGUUUCCAGUCUCGAUCUCGACCUUAGCAGCGAGGUUCUCCGAUCGAUGGCAUUUGACUUCUGCGGCUUCGUCGGGAGGGUUCUGAAGAAGCACAGGAAUCUCAAUUCUCUGAGGCGUUUCCGCUUACAUUUUCUGCAAAGGCACCUUGACUCGACUGUGUGGCCGAAUUUCUGGUUGAAGAUGGAAUUGGGGCCCGGCUCUCUGCUUGAGGUUGAGCACGUUGUACUAGGGACUGCUGCACAAGGGUCUGUUCUCCUUCCUAGCCUGAAGGUCUUGCAGCUUUUGGGAGUGGUGUUUUUGGGCAGUCACUCGUUAAGCAGAUUCAUUUCUGGAUGCCCUGUUCUGGAGACUGCUCAUCUGGAAAAUAUCAACAGUGGGGAAGAUAUGGUCACUGCUUCGUUGCUAUCCUUGAAGAAGCUAACAAUUAUCUCUGGUACGAAGUUUCCGAUUGUUAUUGAAGCACAGAGUCUUGAGCAUCUCCAUCUCCAAUAUAUUUGUGGGGAGUUGCAAUUUCUUGGCUGUAGUAAAUUUCCGUGCCUUGAUUCAGCAAGUGUUGAUAUGGUUGGGAGCGGCAUUUCUGAUCAUGCUCUGAUUGAGUUCCUGACCCAAAUCUCCAAUGCUAAGGAAAUGAGCUUAUCUUGGCACUCUAUAAUGCCUCUGUCAAUUCUCAAUGAUCUCCAGCUGCCUGUCUUCUCCAAUUUGACGCAUUUGACAAUCGAAACUGUUGGCAGCAGCUGCAUUUUGCAUUCUUUGCUCAGCUCAGCCUCCAUACUACGAUCUCUUGUCAUUCGCUUGGUAGAGGAUGAGGUAUCGGUAAAGUGGGAGUCAGAACCUGCCUGCACCAGUUGCUUGCUGUCAAGCCUCGAGGAAAUUAAGAUCAUGAAUUUUGAAGGAAGUCUACAUGAGAUGGGAAUGGUGGCAUACUUGCUGAAGGUUGGAGCUGUAUUGAAGAAGGCGAGUGUGCACGUAAAGAGGACUGUGAAUGUGCAACGCAGACUGCUUGCAUCACUUCUAAAACUACCGAAAGGAUCAAGCACUUGUAGACUUCGUGUCUUGCAUCUCAACAAUGAGAUCCAAUACAAUGAUAUCCACGACGAGGCUGACAUUGAUGGUGGCUAUAUGUACGACGAUGACAACUCUGACAACAAUAAUGAUGAUGGGGACAAUGAUGACGAGAUGUGCAGUCUCAGCUUGAUUUCCUUUUUGUAUGGCGAUGACGAUAACGAUGAGGUCGACUUGCAGCACAAUUUUGGAUAAGUUGUUCCUUUGGGAGUAGGAUUCUGGUUUGGAUGCAGAUGAUAUCAAGAUGGUCACUUCAUGUUGAGGGAUUAAGAUAUUAUGUUUUUAUGUUCUGAGCAAAGAUUCUGGUUCGGAUGCAGAUGAUAUUGAGACGAUCGGUUGCUGUUGAAGGAACCGGAAUACGAUAUAGUUGUGUUUCAUGAGAACCUUGAUAUUUAUGACGUAGCAAGAGCAUUCGUGAGACAGUGACCAGUUGGGUGAUCCAUGAACAUGUUGAGGUAGUAUUGUUUGAAGAUAUUAAGGAGUAAUUUGAAGCUAGUGAUGUUAAAUGAGGAAUUCUGUGAAUUAGUUUAUUCCUUUGAACCAUCAAUUUUUUGUUAUGAAGUUUCACCCAAUAUAUGCAUUUAUGUUUG